AUGUGCAUCCAUGUGUUUAUCCAUCAUACUACUCGUGAGCAUGACACUCGCUUCCUGAGUGUUGUAAAUCCUGGCACGGGAUACACAAUAUACAGUCCGUGGCAGGACCCGCGUACGCAGCCACAGUGUGAGUAUUCUCACACAUUCAGUCCUAUCCCCCCGCACCAGUCAUGCCACUGGCAUCCUGGAUGCUGCCGUCUCGAGCAGGACACCCUCUGUAGCCGGACCAUCAACGCCUGCAGCAUGCGGGCGCGGUACCACCACUUCGUAGACGAGAGCGAGGGUGACAUCAAGGACCUCUCCUUCCUAGGUGAGUAUCUCGGCACCCACCCCACCCUCCUGCUAAUCGCCGGCUGGCUCUUCAAACUCGGCGUCGAGGUCCGCCUCAUGAACCUCCUCCAGGAGCGCGCAAACCGGCGCCUCAACCCCCUAACCGUGAGCGUGGACGACGUCCUGAGCCCAGACGAGUCCGCGUACCUCCGGUCCCAGGUCGCCUUCUACAGCUCCACCGUCGCCACCGCCCUGUCGUGCCUCCGCCAGUUCGCCACGCUCUGGGACCUCAACUCCGGCGCGGCGGCGGCGCACUUGCUCCCGCCCCGCCCCGGCAACCAGCCCGUCCCCGAGGCGAACGACGCGCUGUCGCGCGCCCUGCAGCUCCGCGUCGGCGCGUGGGCCGGUCCGGACACGGCGAACCCCCCCUGGCCCGGCAGCGACGCGGAGAUCGACCCCGCGUACGCGGACGGACGGUUCCCGCGGAACUUGGCGGAGCCGUGGACGCUGGCGCGCGUGUUUGGGACGGGCCAGGUGCGUGAGUCGCCUGUGCUUGCGCCGAGUACGCUGUACCAUGCGCCGCGGCUGCCGCGGUGGAUUGGGCGGAUCACGCCGUCGCCGCCGGUGAGUGGGGGGGAGGGGGAGGGAGAGGGUGCGGAUAGUUCGUUCUCUGAGCUUUCGGUGUUGAAUGGGGAGCUGGAGGGUAUGGGGAUGGAUGAGUUUAGUGCGAGCGAUCGGCCGUAUGGCGAGGGCUACGGCUAUUCUUCUUCGCCGGAUGAAGUGACGUCUGGGGAGGUGGAUGCGGCGGAUGGGUAUGUUUCUUCUCCUGGCCACGAGUACGUCGAGUAUUAUAGCGAUGAAUAUGACGAUGACGAUGACGGCGUCUCGGAGACGGGUAGUGGGCAUUCCGACGAGGAUAACAGCAACAACAACAUCAGCAGCCGCAGUGAUGGUGGUCAUGGUUAUUACUACGAACCAGCAGCAUCACCAUCACCAUCACCGCCACCAGAAUCCGUAGACGAAUACCCCAUCGAAGACCUAAUCGACCACUACCCGCACGGCCCGCGCAGCCGCGUGACCUCGUACAGAGUGCGCUGGGCGGGCGACUGGCCGGCGCGGGAGAAGGAGUCCUGGCAGCGGCGGCGGAACAUCGCGCCCAGCAUCAUCGCCGCGUACUGGGAUAAGGAGAGUACGAAGGAGAAGGAACAGCGGAGGAGGGAGAGGAAUGUGAGGAGGGGCAGGGCGGUGAGGAGGCAGAUGAGGGGGGUUUAUUAG